UGAGGCAGUGAGGCACCUCCCAUGGUGAUGGCCCCGGAUGUCACUGUGGCCGCCCUGUGCCGGCCAUCCCUGCAGGCCCGGGCUCCCGGGCGCACCAAGCGACGCGAUGGGGGUGGGCAGAGGUGACAGCUUCGAGGGCCUGAGCAUCGACCGCCUCAAGCUGGAGCUGCUGGAGGAGAUCCACACGAAGGAUAUUGUGCACCUCUUAAUGCUUGAGAUAAAACACAAGAUAACAGAACUGGAAGCCAAACUCAGUGCUGACAAUGAAGGCAGUGAAUGGAAGACCCACUACAAGACACAACUUGAACUGAACGACCAACUAGAAAAGCAAAUUGUUGCUCUUGAAGAGAAAAUGGAAAAAAAUCGUGGAAAUCCUUCAGAUAGACUGUCUUCUAUUCAUGUCUAUGAACGAAUGCCAGUGGAAUCCUUAAGUUCAUUAGUUAAACAGCUAGAAAAAGAAAAAAGGAGUCUUGAAAAUCAAGUGAAAGAGUAUGCACUUAGAUUGGAACAAGAAUCAAAGGCUUACCGCAGGACCAACAACGAGCGCCACACGUGCCUAGCUGAAAUGUUGCAGAUCCAUCAGAGGACUGAAGUCAAAAGGAAAACCACUGCCCUGGAACCUGGAGAGACCGGCAGAAACAGUGACACGCAGCUCAUUCGGAAAAUAAACCACUGCUGGAGCCAGCAUCAGGUAUCUGGUUCCCACCAGGUUUCUAACAGGCAACAGAUGGAUCAGCUGCCUAGAAUGAAGGAGAAUCUAGUGAGAAUGGGAAGAUAUAAUCCAGUUAAUCAGAAGACAAUGAAUGUCAAGAAAGGACCAGUGAAAAAGAUUACAAGAACAAACCAUCUUCCAAAACUCACUCCAUGA